AACUGAGGAUGAAGCCACCAUCACCAAGUCACCGAGAUGUCAAGGAUAACCGAAAAUGCCGGUUCCGCACAAUCUUCCAACUGAUGAUAUUCACCGUGGUUUUUGCUUCCUUGGUAUCAUACAUGCAGAAUGCUGGUGGGUCUCUCAACAUUGCUGUAGACGAGAAGAAAUCGCUUUUUCGCCCUCGUCAUAAGGAAGUACCGGUCCAGCCCAUAAAGAAACCCUACGAACCCAAGUUAAGUUACGAAAACGACAUCUGCUUUCACAAAACUUCCAACCUUAGCAAUACACCAUGGGAUAAGUGCAAGAUGAGCUUUGUUCCCCCAAAUGUAACGUUAGUGUCACCGCCAUUGGAUAAUAUAACAAUUGGAGAUGAUGUCCAUUAUCGAAUUGAAUCGAACAAACUGGAAAUCCCAAGAGACGGCUGUGUUUCUGGCGGUAACUUUUGCCCAGGACAGGCUAGCUUUCUCCGGAUACUACAAGGCAAACAACCAGACCGACGUAAGCAAAAUGCCGCAGGGGUUCUGCUACGUGAGACGUCGAGGCAACUGGUCGGGGUAUUGUGA